GUUUUGCGGGAGGAGGAGACCCGUGCAUACGAAGGCGUUGACCCUGCGACACUGCACCUUCCUCUAGUACAACAAGCUCUCUUCCCGAGGAGAGCUUCUUCAAUCGGGCCCCAACAAUGGCGGCGACGUCUCCUCCUCCUCCUCCCCCCUCUCCCUCGAAACCCUUCGUGUACCUCGACUCCCCGACCCUCCACUCUCUCCUGGCGCCCGAAACCCUAAUCCCCCACCUCCGCUCCUCCCUCCCCUCCCUCUCCCUCUCCGUCCACUCCCCUCCCCGCGUCUCCUUCCCACUCCCCUCCUCCCCCGCCUCCUCCCUCCUCCUCAUGCCCUCGUGGUCCACCCACCCCUCCCUCCCCUACCUCGGCGUCAAGGUCGUCACCUCCUUCCCCUCCGCCCAUGGCGUCGCCGCCUCCUACUCCCUCUUCCACUCCCUCUCCGGCGCCCCCCUCGCCGCCCUCGACGGCACCGCCCUCACCCUCCUCCGCACCUCCGCCGUCUCCGCCCUCGCCGCGCUCGCCCUCGCCCGCCCCGCCCCGCGCGCCACCCUCGUCGUCCUCGGCGCCGGCGCCCUCGCCCCCUACCUCGUCGCCGCGCACCGCUCCGCCCACCCCUCCAUCGACCGCGUCCUCCUCUGGAACCGCUCCCCCCACAAAGCCGAAGCCCUCGUUCAGCGCCUCCGCGCGGGCUCCGGCGCGGGCGCCGCCGCGGUGGCGUUCGAGCGCGCCGAGUCGCUGGACGACGCGGUCGCGAUCGGCGACAUCGUGAGCUGCGCUACGAGCUCCGAGACUCCCCUCGUUAAGGGGAAGCUACUGAAACCAGGGGCUCACUUGGACCUCGUGGGAUCGUUCACCCCCUCGAUGAGGGAGUGCGACGACGAAGCCCUAAAAAGAGGGAGGGUCUUUGCGGAUUUUGAGGUGGCGAUGGAGGAGGCAGGGGAAUUGGUGGGGGCGUUUGAGCGGGGAGUCAUGUCGCGGGCCGAUAUCGCGGGGACAUUGAUCGACUUGGUCAGCAGCUGCAGAGGAGAUGCGGCGGCGGUGGUGGGGAGGAGAAGCGACGAUGAGAUCACGGUGUUCAAAUCAGUCGGCACGGCGGUGGUCGACAUCCUCGCUGCGCAAUUGGCCUACGAGACAUACAUCAACAGCUGAAACCUACUGGGUCUGGGUAUGUUCUACAUUCCUUCAAAUUAUCAUGCAGGAAUGCUCUGCAUAAAUUUCUAUUUAUAGGCAAAUGAUCUUUAGCAUCUUAAUAUAAAAAUGGUCAGUGGUAUUGGUCCUGAAACUUUCAGGGAAGUAGAACAUUUGUUGUGCAACAAUCUUAUAUGUUCAUCCUAUAGAGUUUUUUUUUUUUUGCUAAUGAUAUACUUAUUUUCAUCUCUAAAAGCAAGAAAUUAUUGUGUUGCUUUGCUUAACUUAUAUUCUCUUUUAGUAGCAUGUGACAUGACAGAAUGUGCAUAAACCGACACAAAGUUUUUCCAUUA